UUUGUGCUUAAUAAAAUAUCGCGUCAGGCGUCAAGCAAAAGUAAAUGGAACAAUUUGAUUAUUUAUGCUGUUGAAUGCGCAGACCACGGGGUAGCAGCGCUGCUGUUUGUGCGUGUAUGUGUGGUACAGUUGGGUAGAAAAAACAUUGCUGGCCUGGCAGCGCCACACAAUUUUAUUUCUCAGUUCUAAGCAGGCAGAAGCAAUACGGGCGCGCGCAAAGUUUACAAAACAAAAUAUAAUAUUUCGGUUAUAUGACUGCUCUGUCUGUAAUCAUAUUAUUAAAAUAUUUUUCAGCUAAGCAAAGUUAAAUGCACAGCGUUGCCAAUUUGCUGCUGAGCCAAUUCUGCGAACAGGGACGACUUGUUAAACACAAUCGCAAUCGAGAGCAGAGAGUGCAGUGAAAGUGUGUGUGUGUUUGUUGAAAACAGAAAGCACAAAUUCGUUUAUAAUAAUAAUAAUAAAAAUAAAAGAAACGAGAAAAUGUAAAACAUUUUAAAUUGACUAAUGAAAGAUGCGAGCUGGUAAAAAAGUUACAGCUGACACUGGAAAGACACGUUCGUGCUUUGUAUAUGUGAAAAAUCUGAAGGAAUCUGAGCCAAUCGCACCAGCAGCAUUCGGCAAACAAAAAAUUGUUCUUCGUAAAGCCACUGUUGCCGCCAAGAGCAGCAACAGUCCGCAGACAGACAAAAUACGAGAGACACGCACUUCACGUCGUGUGGCUAGCACCACGCAAAUUGAGCGCCGACAGUCCUCGACACUAGCGGCAAGCACUCCAAUUGCCACACGCAGUCGUCAGUUGAAAGUUGAGGCAGCCACCCCUACACCUACCCCAACACCCACGCCCACAGCGACGCCCACUCAGCUGCGAAAGCGACGCAAUUCAAGCACAACACCCAUUGUUGACACCAGCGCCGCCAAAUUAAAAAUGUUUAAACAAUCUAAAAUAGCCGCCCCAUUGUCGCCAGCGGCGCCGCCGCCCACAAUUGCAGCAAGUCGCUCGCGACGCUCAAUUAAACCAAAUCCCAAAUACGCUAGCGAGGAUCUUGUAACACCCAAAUAUGUUGGAACUCUGGGCAGCGAGAGUCCCACCAAGCGCUUGGUCAAACAUUUGUUUGCCGAUGACGAUGACGAUUUGGAUGCAGACCUGGCUGAGCUUAUAGAGGAGGACAACGACGAUGAAGUGCGUGAUGCGGCCUUUAAUCCGCAGCUGCACAAAUCCGAUGACGAUGAUGAAAUAAGUGACAGCGAAUUUGAGCAGCGACGCAAGCUGCCGGCCAAACGUGGACGUGGACGUCCACCCAAAUCCGCCGCUGCUGCAACUGCUACACAUACACAAGCUCAGACGCCCAGCGCACGCAACGCAGGCCUAAUGCCGCUCCAGCAGCUGCGCCGCAAUAUACAAACAGCUGGCAGCAUAACGCGUCCACAUAUAACAGCCCCAGUAGUGGUGGGCACUAAACGCAAGCUGGAGGAACAUAAGGAUUCUCCUGUGGCACGCAAGCGUUUAGCUGGCGAACCAUUGACUUCAAGAGCGCCGCUUAUCAAUGGCAGCAGCACCACCAAAACUUUGACACUGCAACAGGCCAAGGGCAAGACUACGCUGGCUAGCACUGCCGGCAACAGCAACUUGCGUUUGGCGCAAGCCAAUGCGGCCAAGCGUCCAAUUGUAGCCGCAACAGGAGCACGCAGCACCAUUGUUGUCCAACGCUCGGGCACCGCAGUGCGUUCAGCUGCCAAUGCAACCGUUACUGCUGCAGCAGCUAUCGAAAAGUCCACGGGGCGCGAUGAUGUGCCUACAUUUACAAUUGUCAACAUAGAUGAAAUAAUUAAUCAAGACGAUGUACUCAUCACACGCACCGCCGCUGCUGGCAACAACAACAACAGAAAGCAGCAGCUGUCGCCUGCAACGCGCACCAACAACAACAACAGCAGCAGCAGCAAUAAUUCGUUAAACAACAGCAAUACAUCAACUAGCAGCCUAAGCCCCAACAACAAGCGUAUCAAGCCAAUGGUAGCAACAGCAACAACGGCAACCAACAGCACUAACACCAUCACCUUGAGAGGAAAACCUUUACUAGCAGCUGGUGCUGUUAAGGCAACGCCGGCGGUGUUGGCCGCCAAGCCACGACCGCGUAUACUCAAUUCAGAAAUGGGCAAGAAGUCGCAACCGCUGGUCAAGCCCAUGAUAAGCAUGGGCGCUGCCGAGGAGGAAUUGCAUGCUGACGAGGAGGUAACGGUUGCGCCGCGGGCAGUGCGACGUCAACCAGCUUCUGCUGCAUCUACAGCUGCUGGAACUCAGACAGUAACAUCUACAGCAGCAGCCGGCGGUAAAUUCUUGGCAACGCGACGAAAUGUGCUGGCAACAACCGCAGCACCCGCAAAUGCUAACAACAACAACAAUAAGCAGCGUCAACAGCCAGCUGCAGGCACAGAUCGCAAGUUGACCAAGCUAUUGGCCGAAGGCACCGAUGAUGAUGUAUUCAAGAAGCCGGCAAGUCCGUGCACCAACACAUCCAAUGCAGCGACUCCAGCAACGGCAGCAACAGCUGCAGCAUUAUUAACAAACCACAUCGUCAAGACGAACCACAAUGAUAUCACUGAUCUUGUCAAGCCACCAAAAUAUUUUCCACCCGAAACCACCACCUACUGUGAGGAAGAAGGACGCAUUAUCAAGAAGGUUACCUGCUAUGAGACAUGGCAUGUGAUAGGCACGCCCAAAGACGUGGUGUACAAGACACGGCAGCAACGCACCAGCCUUGAAUUGCCCCUAAUCAAAUUGGCCAAUUUGGCAUCACGCAUCAAGGUGCCGUCUAGCAAGUGGACCAGCAAGGUAACGCUCUAUAAAGUCUCGCCAAAUCUGCUGCAACGCCAAAGCAUGACGAUCUAUACGGGUGAUCUCAAGAGCUACAACAUUGCCGAAGAUGAGCGUCACAAAUAUCAGCCAUCCUGCGUGCUCUUCCGUCGCUCGGUGUUGGACCGCAACAAGUGUCGUGUGCCCUUUGAUCGUGCCAUUAUCUUUAAAAACAAAUGCUUCUACGCUAAUAUCGAUGGCAAGCAUGUAAAUCUGUUGGGCGCACCCGAGGUCGUCAAUAAUGCCAAGGAGGUGGAGAUCUUAAUUGACAUUAUUGACUCGCUCGCUUUGACAAGCGAUCUUGUUGAGAUGGUUACAGCCAAGUAGAGCUGUUGCUUAUGAAUGUGGCGUAUGCAUACGUAGAGUAUAUGUAUCUACGCCUGUACAAUUAUGACUAAUUAAAGGAAAACCCUCUAAAAACACACACACACACAUCUUAAAAUAUAUGCAUACAUGUAUUUUCAGAGUAAUACCUAUAAUAAUGGUUAUUUCUUUUUUUUUUUUUAAACUUCGUUUAAAGAUAGUUGUAAUAGUUACUUUAGCAUAAUAGUUACGCUCUAGCUGUUCGUUAUAUAUAUCGCAUAUGUCUAUAUACAUAUGUAUUAAUGGAUAUACAUAUACAAAUAUACUAAAAUAACAUGCAUAUAUAGUUGUAAAAGUACAUUGUAAUAAUAUUAAUUUAAAUGUAAAACUUCCACAUGCAAAACGGGUUCAAAAUAUUGCCCACAGUAUAUCAUUUUGACUUUCGAUAGAUACUGAAAUUAAUAAUUUUUAAACAUAAUUUUUACAUAUGUAUGUAUGUUAGUCCAUAACGAACUUUGUCAACCAGAGACAACACACACACACACACACACACUUUUUAAUUCGCAAUACAAUAAUAACAAAUUAGUUCAUUUUACAUGUAAAACAAUAAACUUGUACGCCCUACUGUUAUGGUGUAAACAAUCAAAUAA